CGCCACUGGCACCUCCCGGCCCCCCGGCGCCGGGUGUCGGAGCCCGCGGGCGGCAUCUGUGCCUUCGGACUCCCGGCGCGUCACCGGAGUUCGACCCUCGGGACCCAAAGUGACGCCCUUCCCGGCGGCCUGCGCGGCCACCCGGCUCGGCGUCUCCGCGUCCCGGCCCCCGCGCCCGCCGGCGAGGGACCCAUGAACAGCUGGUGAGGUUGCCUGGAGAUGCAAAUAGGAGCCACAAGUUAACCUGCUCAUCUCUAGGACACAGUAUCCCGAGAGCCUGAUGCAAGGAGUCUGAAGCUGGAGCUUGUUGUUGGCCUGGAAUCUGCUGACAGUGAGAGGAAGGCAGUUCGGGGUUCCUACCACAUAAUCUGGUUCUGAGUCAGCUCAGCCCUCAGCACUUGGGACCUCUGACUCCUGCCAAGGACCCAGUAAUUCCUUUUUUAAAAAAAGAUUUAAGAUUUUAUUUAUUUAUUUUUAGAGAGAGGAGAAUGAAGGGAGAAAGAAGGGAGAUACACAUCCAUGUGCAAAAGAUACAUCUAUCAGUUGCCUCUCACACACCCCCAGCUGGAAACCUGGCCUGCAACCCAGGCAUGUGCCUUGACUGGGAAGUGAAUGGGUGCCCUUUAGGUUGGCAGGCUGGUGCUCAGUGCACCUGGCCACACUAGCCAGGGCAGGACCCAGUAAUUCCUAUCUUCACUCUUCAGGCCGGGUUUGGAGAUUGGGAUAGACAAAAAAAGCUACACAAGGGGGGGUGUUGGGGGAGAAAAAAACUACACAAAAUAGUUUCAUUUUCCUGGCUCCCCCACUGGCCUGGGAGCUAGGAAAACAUAGUCUUGAGUCUCAGUUUCCUCACUGUGAAAGGUAUGGGUUGAACUGGGUGGUCUCUAGUGGCCUUAACAGGGACUCGAAGAUCCUCUGAGCCUGUGCCUUUGAUGAUACUGGCCUGAGCUGACUCACCUGGAAGAGCCCUAGGCAACAGCAUCAGUCUGAAAAGAAAGAGGGUAAUGAAGCUGGAAGCUGGCUGUGGUGUAGCCACCUCAGAGGUCCCUAAGUCCAAAAAAGAGGCUGAACCAGAUGGGGAGCCACUCUCAGAAAACCUGCCACAGGAGGCCAGGCCUGGAUCAGGGUUUGAGACUGAGGACAAGCCUCUGGGGGCUGAGUCAGGGCCUAAGGCCAAGGCCAAAUUCUUGGGGGCCAAGCCCAGAUCUGGAUCUGGGCCUGAGACUGAGGUUGAAUGGUUGGACUUCAUGGGGGCUACAGCACAGGAGUUUGAGCAGGUGCUGGCCAUCUCAGGGAGCUCCUGUGGUGGCCUCAACUAUCUUCCUAACCCCUAUCACAGCUGGCUCUGGGACCCCCACCUGACCAUGGUGCUGACCAAGUGGAAUAGAGGAGUGAUCGCGCAGGAGUCGGUGCACUUGAUUGACGGGAAGACGGCGCUGGUGGAGGGGCUGCGAGUGGCGCCCUGGGAGUGCGGCAAGGGCGUGACCAAACUGCUGCGGCGCUUCAGUUUGCAGCUAGUCAAGCGACUACCUGGGGGUAAGGUGGCACAGCUUGCCCGGGAAGAGCCGCUGCCCCUCUGGGGGCUGAAGAAAAACCACCUAAUCACCAAGCAGGGCGUCCUUUUGGUCAGAUUCAACGGGUUGACGCUGCUGGCAGGUCUGGGCGCGAGGCAGGCGGCGCUGCGGGUCUCAGGCACCUUCUCUCCCCUGCCCACCGAGGCCCUGUCAGAGGCAGGCGGCAACGUGGCAAACCUCCUGCUGUCGCCCACCCUCGUGGAAGGCAGGACCUUCAUCCAGGACUGGAAGCCCUAGACCGAGAGCAGCCUGCGCCUGCUGGCGGCCGAGGGCCUGGAGUGGCGCGUGGACGGCCGCAAGCGCCCGGGCGUGAUCACGCUAUGCACACGCCCUUUCCUCAUUCUGCUUGGCAGCGAAGGCGCAUGGUGCUGCCUCGGCGUAGAUGCCUUUGGCUGCGACUGUGCUCAAAUGCAGAGUCAAUUUCCGUGGCGUCUGCAGCUCCGGACCCCGCACCUCACUGGCCUCAACGUCUCGUGUCUGCUGUUCCUGGCGCCCCAGUUGUCACAGCUGCCUUAUUUCUGCCCCGGCUUGGGGCUCGAGCCGAUCAAGGAUUACGCUGAGCAGUGUCUGCUGGAGGGCAACGUCUGAGGCCUCCACUGUCUGAGGAGCGCUUUAUACCCUCUCCCCUCCCCCAGCACUGGAUCCCCAGAAAACCUGGCCCUCAUUUGCAAGCUCCACCCCCUACCCUGCUGCCUAUCGUAACCAAUUCUCCAUCCCUCCCUUUUGCCCCUACUCUGUCAUCUUGCCUCUAACACUCCCAAACACCGUUGCCCAAAGCCUGAUCUGAGUCACCUGGCUUGGGGGAGACCCUUGUGCUGCAAUUGUCCACACUUUCCCCUUCCCGGCCAAAGAACUUGUUCCUUCACACGCUUCAUAGCUUUUUCCUGUGCAUCGUCCUAUCCUGGGAGUGAACUCUGUCCUUUCUCGCUCUCCUUUCUGCCUCCUCCUGGUGGGAAGUGGGCAGAAGUGCAUGCAACGUCCAGCACCUCUCCCGGAGCACAGCCUCCCGGAAAAAACUGUCUUCCUCCUGCUCCUUCCCAAGCCCUCAGAGCUUGCCCAGCGCUCCCCUCACUGCCCUCUUAGCCUCUCGUGCCUCCAGACCAGUGGCCUCUCCCUCCUCUCUGCACCCCCAUCUUCCUCCUCCCUAGACCUCCCAGACACAGCUCCUCAUUGCCUCUCUGUUCCCUUUCUCCGUGACGUUUAUCACCCACCCUGUGUGCAAUAUGGAGAGGGACCCUGUAAAUGAAAUAGAUUUAUAAUGCUUUCCCUCCUUUGGCCCUCUGUGCUCUGGUGUUGCACCUUUCUGUGCCUGCCCCUCUGAUUCGGGUUUCCUCCAAUUUUGCACGACGUUGCUAUUUCACAGGGCUCCUCCCUGAUGUCCCCCAACCAGCGGCAGAACCAGGAGGCUCAGGCUGGAGGGUUGUGUAGUGGAGCACAGGCCCCUCAGCCUGUGUGGGGCUGUCUCCUGAUUCUAAAAGGCUCCUUCUAGUGAGACUGGAACUCCCAACUCCAGGUUUUUCCGGACAGUCCCCUCCCUCUCGUUCCUUUCUGCUUUUUGGACUUUGGCAGUCUUCUAGUUAAAUACAAGUAGUGACAGCUGUAUUUCCACAGUGCUGUCUUCUAUACUGGAUCCUCACAUCUACCGCAGAGGGAGGAAAUAGAGGCCCAGGAAAAUCCAAGUGACUGCCCAGUCUCUCGCAGUAGCUGGGAGCUUCACAGGGACUAGAACUCAGAUGUCCCAUGCCUCAAGCAGGCCUCUGAGCUACCUCACGGUAGCUUGAAUUCCGUGUUGCACGGUGGAGAGCUGCACUGACAGCAAGCACAGGGCUCCCCCGGAUGGAAUCCGAGAUGUGGGCAGAGGAGGGCGCCAGAAGGUGGAAAGUGGGCAAGGAGAACCACUGCUGUUCCAGUUGCGCCUUUGCUGAUGCGCUCCUCUACCUGCUGUGCCUGGCCGUGCUGCCGCCCUUCCAGUCACUUCAACCAAGGCUAUGUUGCAAUAAAAACGAA